AUGACACGUUCGACAUUACCGCAGCGGUUGCUGCAGACAGUCUUGCUAUGUCUCUGCGCAACACACACCAGUGCCCUGACACUGGACACAACUAGUGCAGAUUCGAUUAGACAAGUCUCGUCGCAAGUCGCACAUGGGUUGAUGAAAUACUAUACGGGCAACAACACUGGAGACGUACCGGGAAAUCUGCCUGCACCCUACUACUGGUGGGAGGCCGGCGCUAUGUUUGGAGAGAUGGUCGAAUAUUGGUACUACACUGGAGACACAACAUACAACACCGAGGUCAAGCAAGCCUUGAUACACCAGGUUGGCGAGAACAACGAUUACAUGCCGGCCAAUCAGACAAAGAGCNUUGCCGCUGAAGUCGGAUUCGAAGACCCUCCGGCAGGUUCUCCCUCGUGGCUCUCAUUAGCACAAGCCGUCUUCAACGAACAAACAGAACGAUGGGACACGGCAUCCUGCGGUGGUGGCCUCCGCUGGCAGAUCUACUCGUUUAACGUCGGCUACAACUACAAGAAUUCUAUUUCUAACGGAGGUCUUUUCCAUCUCGCUGCUCGCCUCGGUCGCUAUACCGGCAACCAAACAUAUAUCGACUGGGCCAACAAAGUCUGGGACUGGUAUGAAGACUCGGCCCUUUGGGAUGCCAAAGACUUCACAAUUCUCGAUGGUGCAAGUACAACAAACAACUGUUCCGAAGGCAGCAGGGAGCAGUGGUCUUACACAUACGGCGUCUUCCUGGCUGGUUUCUCCUACAUGUACAACCACGUAUGUCGUCUUUUACCUGGCUUCUUGCAAACCCAACUAACCUUUCACCCCACAGNNACUGAAGACGCAACCUGGCUGAAUCGCAUCGACGGCAUGCUGAACACGACAGCUAACUUCUUCUUCCCUUCAAGUAUGGGUCCCAACAUCAUGAUCGAGACGACUUGCGAACCUCUCGGAAAUUGCAACAACGAUCAACGUUCUUUCAAAGCCCAUCUCUCUCAGUGGAUGGCCGUCACUGCACAGCUUGUCCCUAAAUAUCACGACAAGAUUUUCAGUCUCCUGGCGCCCUCUGCUAAAGGCGCUGCUGGUCAGUGCGAUGGCGGGUCCGACAGUGUCACCUGCGGCAAGAGGUGGAAUAGCACCACCUGGGACGGUACUUAUGGUGUAGGUGAGCAGAUGUCUGCAUUAGGCGUCAUUCAGGCCAACAUGUUGAAUGUUGUGUCGUUGAAGCCGCCAUAUACAUCUGUCUCUGGUGGCACCAGUAAAAGCGACCCUAAUGCUGGUACCGGCACGAGUGGCACAUCCUCUUCAAAUGGUCAGGCAAUUCAUUUAACGCCUAUCACUACAGGCGACAGGAUUGGUGCUGGCGCCAUCACUGCUGCCAUUAUUCUGUUCACCAUCGGCGGAACAGCCUGGCUGCUGAUCGCUUAA